AUGCAAUCUACAAAAGGUACAGAUAACACCCAAGAACAACUUAUCUCUCCGAUUCUUACACUUUUGGAAAAGAAGGGUGUUGACAAGCCUUUUCUUAGCAAAUUAAGACAGAAUAAUUAUUUUGUUGAAUUCUUAAUGAAUGGAGAGAGAUUAUGACAAGAAGGAGACUGUAAUAGAAUUUAUCAGCCAUUUUCAAAUAAGAUUUUAUGGUUACUGAGCCAAAAUUUUGCAAGGAGUGAGUUACUCAUGCAAAUGAAGAAGGAGAGCUUCAAGUGCAUAGAGGUUACAGUUGAACUGGAGAUCAAAAAUUUUAAUUCAGCUCUUAUUGAAAAUGUGAAGAACAAAUAUAAUUUACUUUAUUCUCUUCGAAGCUCCCUGACAAGAUUAGAGUUUGACAUGUAUAAUAAAAGGAUUCUCUUAUUUUUAAAGUCUCUUCGAAAACAUAAAUUUCCAAGCGUUUCUACUGUGGACAUUUCCUUUAUCGAAGAUUCUCGCCCGACACUGAACCUGAUGACUCAUUCUUUCCCAUCCAAAGUAAAAGAACUGGCUUGCACUGGAUGUGAAUUUAAUUCAGAUAAAAUUCAAAAAAUAACCAUAGGAAGAUAUUUCCCAGAACUCAUCAGAAUCUUGCCAAGAGUUACAGAAAUAGUUUAUUUAUACUAUUUCAAGAUUUCUGAAAGACAACUUAGGAAGAUUUAUUCUUCUUGCAGAGACAAACUUUGACUCCAGUUGUGAGCCUGAGUUCUUAAUCUCAAGUCUGUUCCUGAUAUGUCAAAACCUCUAUUUGGAUGCACCCUUGAAACUCUCAGUUUCCAUGACUGAGGAAGAUCUGGAUUUAGCAACUGGGCAGAAAACUUAGAUGAAUUUGAAAACUUAAUCCAUGGCCUUUCCAAGUCUGAAGAUCUCAGAAAAACUCUUAAAAAACUUGACCUCAGAGAUUCAUUUGUUUCAUUUGAAGAAACUGAGAGAAUCCUGGAAAAAUUUGGAAUCAAUUCAGACAUCGUGAUCCAAGGACGUGCUGGGUUUCAAUAA